UUUUACUUUUUGAGUGUGACCCCGGAACAAAAUCAUAAACUCGAGUUCAUCUCCCGCUCUCCGGGGCAAGAUCGCUAUGUUACCGAAGCAAUGGACAGAUGUAAAUGGGAGAAGAUACUCACCUGUUUUCAGGCAUCUGCACGUGGAUACUUGGUGAGAAACGAAGUCAGCCGUGCCCGAGAAGACUUUGAAGGCAUUGUGAAAGAGAUUGAUGGAGGCUUGAACCAUCUAGAGUGGGUGCAGACGGUUAUCCCCAUUCCCCACUUCACAGACACUGAUGGCCCGUUUCUACAAACCAGCAGCUCUGCCAGCAAGCCUUCAAAUCCAGGACUAGAUGCCUGUGCCAGUCCCCAGAGCUUAUCAUCAUCCGCAGUAGCACCUUUAUCAGAGGAGAGAGGAGAUUGUGUCCUGCUAGAAGCCGAGAGAGAUGAUUCACAAACCAAAGGACAGGCCUCUCUGUUUGAAGACAGUUUCCCGAGCAGCAAUGUUAGAGGGGAUGGACAGAAAGAAAGCAUUGUGGGGGAUAAAGAUGGAGGGCUGAUGGAGAGCACAGGAGACUCCACCACCAUCUGGAGCAGUUUGGAGCUGGACAUGAACUAUGGUCACACUCAAAAAGGUGCCCGGCAGUACUGCUUGGCCCAGGAGGUGCCCUGUACCCAAGAGGCCCUGCGUCUGCAAAGAAACACCCUUACCAUGGAGCUGCUCUGGCUCCAACAGGCCAUUGACAGCAGGAAAAAGUACUUGUCACUGAAGAAUAGACUGAGCAUAUCCUGACAGCAGAAGUAAUCUGAACUGGACUUGUUUGGUGGGACUGAAGGCCUGACUGCGGUCAGUCAAACUGAAGCAUCAUCUGUUUAAGCUAUUCAUUUUUACUCAUUAUUUUAUUCAUAUAUACAGUAAAAUGCUUUCAGUAGUAUUUAUCAUGUGUUUAAUGAAACAUGUACACUGUUUGUUAUUUGCAAAUGUAAAAAAUUAAUAAAUUAUACAUGUCUAAAAA